CGCUUUAUAAAGCCAGCCAGUAUCAUAAUAACAACAUUAUACUCGUAAAGCUUCAUUACAAUGGAGCUCUCGGUGUCGAUUUGUUUAGUGCUAACCUUGAGCUUAGUGACUGCGUCUCCCUAUGGAUAUGGCGCGAAAAGUGGAGCCGUCGCAAGAGCUGAAGCAACUGCUAGCGCCGGUUCUCUUGAUUCACUGCCCCAUGCACCACUGACGGUUCCCGGAUCUGGUUUUUCGGGCAGUUUCUCUAAGUCAUCGUCAUCAAGUUUCGCUUCAGCAAGUGCAAGUUCAAGCUCUAGUUCCUUCAGUUAUAGCGGUGCAGGUCCCGGAGUUGUUGCUGGUUUCGGAAAACAAUUUGGAUGUGACGGAGAUUGUCAAAAUGGAGUAAAGAAUAAUCUCGGGCCGUCUGGUCAUGGAUCAAGUAUUAAUGGUGGGUUUGGGGGACAUAAUUUUGCGGGUGCAUCCGCCUCAGCUGGAGCUAUCGCAAAUGUUCCUAUUGCCGUUGAUCAGCCUUGCCACGGACCUAAUUGCUUCGGAAAUUCUGUCAAGAAGUGCACUAGCAGUCAGUGUGGGGGGAUAAAUACUAAUGCAAAUGGAAACAAUGUGGAAUCAUCGGAAUCUAAUAAGGAUGAUUCGAAUGAUUUCUCUGUUAAUCAACCUCAGUUAACCGAAUCAGAUUAUACAAAAGCAAACAAUAAUGGAUAUCAAAAAUCAGAUAUAAACAAUGGACUAAAACAAAGCUCACCUAUUGUUCCUUUUGAUAAACAAGUAAAUAAUGAUAAUGACAAAGUUGUAGAUUGUCAAGGACCCGCGUGCGUUGGUUUUCUUCCUCUAACUGAGAACGAAAGCAACAAUAAAAAUUUAAACAAACAAACACCAUCAGAAACGCCAUAUCAAGAACAAGCAUGUGCUACUCAUGACUGUAAAUUAAGUGCUUCUACCAACCAACGGAAACCAUCUAGUUAUAAUGUCCCUAUUUUGGGACCGCAAAUAAACGUCGAAAAAGAAAAUUCUCUCUGUACCUCGGGCAAUUGUCAGCUUGCUAAUCAUGUUGAAAAUCAUAAUUACGAUGAAAAAACCUUACAAUCUUUUAAACCUAAUAAACCGUCGACCACCCUUCAAUUGCCUACUGAUUCAUCAGGCGAAACUGCUCUGUGCAAUUCUAACGAUUGUAAUAAUCCUUCUUAUCAAGGUGAACCCGCAGGAUCACACAUUGAGGCCGGACAUAAAAUAAAUAAACCAGUUUUUAACUAUAAUAUCCCUAAACCCUAUGAUAGUGCCAAUACACCGCAAUAUACCCAAGAUCAAGAAUUAUCUGGGAUCAAAAAACUAGUUAAUCCUGAAACGACUCCCAGUCCCUCUCACACGCCAAAUGUUUCUACCGGAUCUGGCAAUGUUCCAAACUUUGAAUUAAAUUCAUCUUACUACUCUAAUAGACAAGCUGGCUCUACCGAUAAAACUGGAGCAGAAAGAUAUGACAACACUCAUCAAACCACUGGACCACAACUUUCAAAUAUUGAUAAUUUACAUCACCCUACUAUCAAUUCUGCUACCAACCCUACUGAAAGCGGCAUAAAUAAGCCUGUUCAUCAACCAGUACUUUCGAAUCCAAAUCCUGUUACGAAGCCUACUGGAACUUUUUUCGAUGCAAGUAAAAUUAGUCCUCCAAGAUCUGAAAUUAAUCCUUCUCGUGGAAUACCUUCUUCAGGGCACUCUUUUUACCCCGGAGAUGCAAACAAUAACGGCGCCUUCCCUUCGUAUUCUAAUAAAAGGCCUUCAAACUCUGAAAUAAAUAGUCCUACCGGCUCCGAUGGCGAUCUCAUUUGUGCUUAUGGUAAUUGCGCCAGUGCUCCUCAAUCAAGCCAACCUAUUUCAAACAGGCCUUUUGAUAUUAACUCAAAUAUACCAUCAUAUUUCCCCAAAAUUCCAUUAAAUAAUCAAAUGGGUUGUACGUCGCCAAACUGCCAACCCCAUUUUGGUUUUGAAAACAGUCCUAAAAUUAAACCUACUUCUCCAAAUAGUAGCAUUACAGAGAAAUUUAAUCCAGCAAAAACAGACUCCGAAGUUUUGUUGACAAACAAAGGAAAUAAAAUAUAUUCUGGGGGAUUCGGUGGCCCAGUUGGUAUCCUUAGUGCCAAUAAUAAUGAUAAACCUACCAGUAGCAUAUUUAUUAAUCCUUCUGAUACAAAUCAUAAUGCUCCUCAAAAUACCUUUUCACCACCUCAAACUUCAAUAGAACCUAGUUCUAUUCCGUCCUUGCCGGCUCAUUCAAAGCAACCGUCAACGUCGGAACAACAGCCACUUUCUACAGAUAAUUUAAACAAACCAGGGUCAUUUGUGCCAAUUGUUGCAAAUAUUCAAUCCGAUGAAAAUAAACGUCCUUACACUGGUGGAUUUGGCGGUCCAGCGGGUUUAUUGAAGCCAAAUGAAUUUACGAUACCGCCAACUAUACCAAAAGUGGGUAAUUGUAGCCCUAGUCAAGGAAAUUGUAACCCUAGUCAACGCACUCAGCACGGCUUAUCUGGAGCGCUUGGUACGUCUCAUGCCGGGGCAAAUGCUGCAGCCGACGCUAACGCAAAUGCUGCAUCUUUUUCCGGGUCCUUUGGCGGUCCGCCUGGCCUUUUUAAACCUUUUGACGAAGGCAAACCAGACCAAACUGGAAAUGCCUUAGGUAAACAUAGAAAUGAUUUUGGAAACCUUGGUCCGAGUCACGUUCAGCCUCAUUCGUAUGGUGUUGGUGGCAAUCAUGCAAAUUCUGCAGCAUCUGCAUCUGCUGGGACAGGCAGUUACGGUCAUUCCGGAGGCUGCAAUACGGGAUGCUCGUCGAAUGGAGCCGGUCAAGAUCAGAGCGCUGCUUUUGGGCAAAGCAGUAAUGGAGUACAGCAUAGCCUUAAUCACGCAAGUUCAAUUGCUUCAGCAAAGAGCGUUGCUGGGAGUUACGCUCAUGGAAGCAGUAUAGCAACUGCUAGUGCUCAUGCUUCAGCGGGAGCUUCAGUUAAAGGAGGUGCAUGGAAAUAAAAGACUGAAUGAGAAAUACACACCGCCAGUCAUAUCGAAUAUAAAGUUUUUGUGAUUAAAAUACAUAUAUGUGAGAUAGCUAAUAGAACUUAUAGAAUAGAACUAAUUAUAAAGUAAAUAAUAUAUUUAAUUUUAGUUUUUGUCUUUUAAUAAAUGACUUUAGUAUUUGGCAA